GUCAUUAGCCUUGGUAAUGAAGCCAACUGCAGUAGGGAAGAAGUUGUUCAUGUGGCGGGAGGUUUUGGUCCUGAUGGACCACAGCCUCCUGCCAGAGGGCAGUGACUCAAACAGUUUGUGUCCAGGGUGGGAGGGGUCGGCUACAAUCUUUCCUGCUUGCCUCAGACGCAGCCUUGGGGGGAUCCGGUGCUGAUGAUCCGGGUGCCGGAUAUAUGCUUCCCCAGCUUUACGUGCUGCUACCUAUCGGACAGGAACUCAGUGAUCCACCUGCAGGUUGAGUCAGGCAUGCUCAGCUGGAGACAACUGAUCAGCACAGUGCUUCAGGGUGGAUGUAGAGACAGGUCCUUUUUCUUUGGGGGGUUAUUGUAUACUUAGGCAUAAAAAACAUCAUAAAAACGGCAUAGUAUAGUAAGGCGUAAACAACGUUAUAAAAACUACAUAGUAUAAUAAGGCAUAAAAAACUUCAUAAAAACGACAUAGUAUAGUUAGGCAUAAGAAACGUCAUAAACAAAAAAAGUCAUAGUAUAGUAAAGCAUAAAAAGUCAUAGUAAGACAUAAAAAAGUAAUAAUAUAGUAAGGCAUUAGAGUCGUUAAUUAACCUAAUGUGCAUGUCUUUGGACUGUGGGAGGAAGCCGGAGUACCCGGAGAGAACCCACGCAGACACAGGGGGAACAUGUAAAUUCCGCACAAUAAUGCACCAGGCCCAGGGUUUAAUCUCAAAACCUUCUCACUCCUAGGCGACAUUGCUAACCACUGCACUACCAAUCCGUCCCAUAAAAAAACAGUCAUAGUAUACUAAGGCAUGAAAACUUCAUAGUAUAGUAAGACAUAGUAAUGUCAUAGUAUAGUAAGUCAUAAGAAAUGUCAUAGUAUUCAUGCUGACAUUUUCAUGGGAUUUUUCGAUGGAGAUUAAACUCCUACUUUGAUAUAUCCAUGAUUUCAUUUUUACACCUUCUAGCAACCUGACUGCUAGCCUACAGAAUACAGAAGCCAGGGUUAGCUUGCUAACACUAACUGCUGUUAACAGUACCUCACAUGGUUAAAUAACAUCAGUUAACAUUUUUCUGGUAAAGUUAGGUACCACUAUGAUGUUCCAACAUGACGUGAGCCUUCCGAUAGGCCCCGCCCUUUUAGUCAAUCAAAUGCUAUCAAGCCUAAAUCGGUUGUCUUGGAGACAUAGCUUCUUGGAGGGCACAUUGGAAUGAUCUAAUUUUACUUCAAUCCAAACAUAGUGCAAAUGACUUCACUCAAAUAUUGGUAGGGACAAUUCUCUCCUCCCAAAAUAUUGGUAGGGACAUGUCCCUACUGUCCAUAUGCAAACCUAUGCCCUUGCAUAAAAGAUACCUCAUUUACUCCUCUCACUCUAGUUUCCCUUUAGGAUUAAUAAAGUGUUAUCUUAUCUCACUACCUCUUUUCCAGAGGGUUUCCUCAAGAUGGCAAAUGCCAGCCAUGUGCCCCAGAGUGUGCAUCCUGCCAGGAAGAUUCCUCUCACUGUCUGAGCUGUGAGAAGCAGAACUUCCUGCUGGACCACUCCUGUAGGUCACACUGUCCAGAUGGCUAUUAUACCACAGAGACAGAAUGCCGUCGCUGUCCAGCCCACUGUGAAGAAUGUAAUCAUGACGGCCUCUGUAAGAGUAAGUACGAUCAGUGUAGCAGUGUUAGUGUUAGCAUUGAUAUGAUAUAAAUAAUGAUUUUUUUUAUAAAUGAUGAUGUACAGGUGAUUUGAUUAUAUCUGUGUCAGUUGUGUGAUUACUACUGAGGUUAAACAUAAACAAGCUUCUUAUAAGCCAGUGCGAGGAAUAGGAAGUGAGGGCUGGGGGGAACAAGGGAAACAGGAAAAAAGGUGAAAUUUUAUAAUUCUAUGUAUAAUUUACAUAAAAUAAAUUCAUCCUAACUUUCAUUCAUCAUUUUGGAAAUCACAACCAGUCAUGUGAUUGGGCUACGUACAUGAAAAGUGGAAAACAAAACAAAAAAACACAGUUAAAAGGCUACUUUUAAUACUUAACAUAUACACACAAAUAUAUUUUAAGUUGAAUGGUUCAGUUGAAUAAAAAUUUCAAUUAACAUUCAUUAAAAUUUUUUUAGUUUUUUAAUGAUUCAUCAUAGAUUAUAACAGUAAUUGAAAAAGUCCAGUUUGGAAUAUUAAUAAUUUUCACCUGCUUAGAUUCCACUACUUGCACUGUGCAAAUGAUGUAAACAACAGUGUUUUGCCCUUCUUAUCUUGCAUUACUCUUGAUAUCUCCCUCUCCCAGAAUGUGCUGAUUACUACUUCCUCCAUGAGGAUAAGUGUGUGGAUGAUUGUCCUGAUGGCUACUUUGCCAGCGAGAAGCAACAGGAGUGUGUGCGUUGCCAUGCUGAUUGUGCCUCGUGUGAAGGACCGGGCUUUGAUGACUGUAAUGUGUGUCGCAACUCAAAAGCUGUCCGUUACAAUGGAGAGUGUCUGGCUCAUUGUCCUAUGAACGCUUACUAUGAUAAGACUAUCAAUGAAUGUAGAGAAUGUGACAGGUUAUGUUUGACCUGCUCAGGCCAUGAGCCCUCAUCCUGUCUCAGCUGUGACCCGGGCAGGCAUAAAGAUGCCAGCGGACACUGUGUGUGGUUAAAUCAGUGCUCUCUGCGCUCAUACAUGGACCAGAAUGGGGAGUGCCAACAGUGUUACAAACUCUGUCAGCACUGUUCUGGGCCGGGCAAAGACAACUGCCUCCGCUGCAACGAGCCACACUUCCUACUGAGUAAAUAAUCAACUAAGCCAGAAUGAGCAGAAAAUAUUUGAUUAUUUUAUUAUAUUAUUUAAUUUUUAUAUUAAAUGUUGUGCUGCUUAUCGAUCUAAAGCAAACUUCUCCUUUAGUGUUUUUACUGUGUGCCUGUUUCCAUCAGACAGCACAUGUGUGAAGGAGUGUCCUGUGGGUUACUAUGCCGAGGACAAGGAUGAACGUGUGUGUGAGCGCUGUCACUUCAGCUGUAAGUCGUGUGUUGGCAGUCACAGUGUGCAGUGUACCACCUGUAAACCUGGAUUCUUUAGGCAGGGGAGCAGCUGCGUUGAAACCUGUUCAGAAAGACACUUUGGCAACACCGUCACCAUGGUUUGCGAGCACUGUGACCCUUCUUGCAGACAGUGUUGGGGUCAUGGUAACAGAAAGUGCCUGAGUUGCCGGGGGGACUACUUGUAUCUGAGCCAUUGGGGACAAUGCCUGAAGAGCUGCCCUCCGAACUACUACCACGACAGCUGGUCCAAGAACUGUCACAGGUGUCAUCCAACCUGCAAGACCUGUAGUGGUAAGGGCGCUCUGGCCUGUCAGUCCUGUUAUGAAGGCUUCACUUUAAUGAGUAGCAUCUGUGAAUCCAAUUGUACUGUAGGCCUCUAUGCUGCUUCUCAGGCCUCUGAGUCCAAAAACGAUAAGUCAAACUGCAAGGCGUGUGACUCGUCCUGCCUGGACUGCAGAGGCCCCAGCAUGUGGAACUGUACUGUGUGCCAUGCACACCAGCUCUUGUCUGAUGAUGGCCGCUGCUUGAGUUGCUGCGGGAAUGAGACACGUCGCGAUAAUAAGCCAAUACCCAGGGAGUGCUGUGACUGCAGUGCCCUAGAAGAUGAGUGCAUCAUGGGUGUAAACUUUGUGUUGGGGGAAGCCAAGGAUUUAGAGGCUCAAGGCCGCAUCGCCAAACUCUUUGCUACUGCUUGUGUUCUACUUGUUGUCUCUGUGGGUGGAGGGAUAUUCCUCUUCCUCAAUGCCCGAUCUAAAUCCCUCACUAUUGCACCCACAACCAAAGCAGGUGGCUAUGAGAAACUGGACACAAAUGGAGGUGUUACCUCACAGCCUUCCACCUCCUCAUUUAGCGAGUACAGCGACCGGAUCAUUGGAUGUGAGGAUGAUGAGGAAGACGAGGAUGAUAUUGUCAUUGUCAUGGGACAAGAUGGGACAGUGUAUCACAAGUUCAAGUAUGGACUCUUGGAUGAAGAUGAGAUUGAGCUAGAGUACGAUGAUGAGAGCUACUCGUACAGAUGAAAGCAUUCAAGUCCUUGACUGGAGAGAAAAAGCUCUUCCUUAUGUAUCAUUGAAGUAUAAAUAAAAAUAAAAUCAUAUUAGUUACAAUUUGCAGGUGUAGACUUUAUAUCAACAGAACUUUGAUUUUUCAGAGACAAAACACUCCAGGUUUCAGGUUUCCCAAAGUUUCUCUUAGAAUAUUUUCUUCUAGUUGUGAUUUAAUGUUUUGACUUCACUGCUGCACAUCUGGCUUGUAUCGUCUCACUGAGAUAAUAGCAGGUCUGCUUCCCACUAACUGGUAAGUGUGAAGAGCAAAUAAUCAGUAUUUUUCUCUGUAACCGGUUGAAGUGAAAUGUGGUGUGAAUGAUUGUUUCAUAAUAAAGUUGGAUUUUGAUCUGUA